GUUUACUCUUCUUUAUUUUUCCUUUUUUUUGCAAUUGCUGGGGUCCAUGUCAAGCGGGUAAUGACGCGGGGCGAUCCAUUAGACCCCUUUGAACUGAAACUUCUGUCAACUUUUUUUUUUCUUCGUACAGUACUUCUGUUCCAUCACAGUAGCUUCCUUUACCUUAGGUACCUUCAUACCCACACUUGAUCUCACAAGAUAUCAUAAUGUCAGAACCUCUACCAACCCAGCACCCAGAAGAUACUACUACACCAACUAUACAAGUUGAGGCGAAAGAUGGUGGUAAUGCGACAACAAAACCAAAUCCUUCACUUUGUGGUGUAUGUGACGUGAACCCCCCAAAAUACAAAUGCCCAAGAUGUCGCCUUCCAUACUGUUCUGUUGCUUGUAACAAGAUCCAUCGCGAAAAUCACCCUCCUGAUCCCGAGCCCGCACCAGCAGCACCUCAGUCGGCAUUCCCCGAGUCACUAGCAACAUCACUGCCUCAGCGCCCCGACCCCUCGAAUCCCUUUCAGGCUCUCGAAAGCUCAGAGAAACUUCGCCUUCUCUUUCGCAAAUAUCCAGGUCUUCCUGACCAGCUUCGCAAAAUAGAUGCUGCCACACUUCCACCUCCCGAGACCAAGUCUGCCAUCCCCGCCUCCCUCCUUAAGGGUCUACCACCUAAGCAAGAAGCCUGGAACCAUGACAUUGGUAUUCAGAACGGGAAAGAGGCGCUGCGCAAGGCUCGUCGUGCGGACGGUGAGCAGGGCGACGCUAUCCGCGAGUAUUCAGAGCUUAUCCUUCACCUAAUGAAUACCGAGAAUGCAAAGACGGACGUCGACAAUAUUCUCCGGCAGCAAAUUGCGCAAGAGGAUACAAAACUCAUCGAACGCUUGAUGGCGCAGGAAAAGCGUUGAGCUUCUCUCUUGGCUCCACUUAUAUCGCACGACACUGAAGAUGCCUUUCUUCGAUUGCGGAGGUCAUAUAUUGAG